CGAGGAGGACACGCGAAUCCGCCCUCGCCCUCGCCGCCGCCUCGACCUCUCCCUCUCCCUCCGCGGCGACCGCCCGACGCGGUCAAUCCGAUGGGGUUGGACGAAAGCCAAAAGCAUCUCCUUGGCCUUAGUUACCAUGAGCUCCAAUCUUUGUGCAAACAGUAUAAUCUUCCUGCAAACAAGAGUCACUCUCAGCUAGCAAGCUCGCUUGCCUUGUUUCUUGAGAAGGGAAGAAUAAAUGCAUCACCUGAAAAGAAAACACCUGCAUCCCUUGUUGUCUCGCCUUCCCUGUUAUUAAAUGCUAAAGAAGUAUCCACCCGUUGCCAAGGUAGCCAUAAAAGAGGCCCACAAAGUGAAAGGGAUGAUGUUGAUAGACCUAUUCUUCAAGUAAAACAUCACAAAGGGCCUCAAACAUCAAUGGAUGAAACAUUGAAAAAAAGUCAGGACUCUGGAACCAGAGUGAGUUCUACACCAGUUUCAACCAACAAUGGAAAAAUAGACUGCUUUAGCCACUCACCUUCUGCUCAAGGGAUCAUUUCUAAUGUUCAUUCACAAAUUGCUGAUGGUAUUGGAAAGAACUCGGGAACUCAAGAGCAUCCAAUUGAUCUUGAUUCAACUGUUAAGGCAGAUGAUGAAAUUUCUCCGGAAUCAAGCUUCCUGGCCCCUAAUGUUGGUGAAAACGUUACAGAUACUGGCAGUGGUUUAUCUGAUAAGAUACCAGCAACCACAAAGUCUUCAUUUGAAUUUUUUGUGAUGUCAGAUGAGGGACUUGAUCUUUUUGUUGAUCUGAAUUCCACUCCAUCAAUGUUGCUUGAUAGCUUGAAGAAGGAAGUGUUCAUUCCCUCAAAUACCUAUCGCUCUGAACCUGGAAAUUUCUCUCAUUUUGCCAGUAGCCUGGCGACGAAAGAUGACAGCAACAAAUCCAUGUCUUCAUCUGGGAAUAUUACUGUGGACAUACAAACCAAAGGAGAUGGCAGCAUUGCUCUUUGCACAAAUUCAUCACUAGGUUCAACUGGUGCUGACAAUUCUUCCUCAGAGCCCUAUCUGCCUGAUGCAACUGCUGUAAACUCUAUGCCAUCUGCAUCCACAUUGCCUGAUACUUCACUUGAAAUUUCUGUAUCACAGGAGGGAGUUCCAGUUGUAUCUUCUUCCUGUUUAACCUCUAUGACUGCUAAUGCUUUGAAUAAUGAAGUGCUUCCUCAAGAAUCCGUUGUGUUCUCAAGAUGUCCUGAAAUAAAUCAUGCUCCCCUUGCUGAUGAUUCCACACAUCCAACUAGUAACAAAGAGACAGUCAAUCCUGUUAAAAUUGGUUGCAUUCAAAAUGUUGUGGUUGCUGAUACUGAUAGAGACAGAGCAUUCUCCUCAGGGGGUGUGGUUAGAAGUGACUCCAAUGCAAACUGCUCCCCAACUUCUGAGGAAAAACACAAAAUUAUAAAUGUUACUGAUGGGGCGCACCUUACCCACAAUGGGAACGCCCAUGAAGUUAUAUUGGAAAAUGAACCAGUGGAAACAGUGCCAGCAGAUGAAGAUAUAGGUUGUCAUGACAGGCUGUCAAUAUCUUGUCAACUAGCCAGACAAACAUCAGCUAAACCGCCAGCUACAGAUGCCCGGUCAGAAGCUAGUUCUGCAGAGCAUUGUAUUGCUGGAAGCUUCAAACCCACAAGCCCAACACCAUCGCCUGCUGCUUCGGACAAUGCUUUUAGCUCCAAGCAUGGUGCAGAGUCAGCACAAAGUUCUGCAUACAAAAUGAUUUGUGACCCUGAUGAGCUUGAGGAGUUAGAGAGCACGACACCACCAAGUGCUGAACCUCCCAGAAACAUACUACUUAGCUUAAGAAGUGCUUCUGCUAAACAGACCAAGCCUGCCUCAUUACCUAGAAGGUCAGCAAGGCUUGUACCAAAGUAAUCGCGUUAAAUGGAAGGGAGGAGAUACAUAGCCAAGAAUGCAUAGCUUAACUACCAUCUUAGUCAGAUUCUAAGAGGAGGCUGAAGGGAUAGAAAUACCAUUGUUAGCAAGCUAGACUCCAAACUUGUGUUCUGGUUCGUUGAUUCUUUAUUGUUAGCAGCUGAGUAGCUUAGUUCUAUACACCAGGGCACAGUUACCAGGCGCCAAAUGUUUUCCCUUUUCUUCUUCUCUUCUUCUGCUAUACCUCGAUGCAAUGCCGAGCCUUCAUACACCGUGUACAAACAAUCCAUAGUUUUCGGAUAGCUCUGAACCUGCAUUUUUGUUUAUCCUGUACUUCUGAAU